GGAAGCUACUCUGUCUCCACGCUGUGUGUAAUAGCAACAAGGGAAGCUACUCUGUCUCCACGCUGUAGCGGUUGCUAACGCUCUGUCAAUAUGGCCGCUGCGGACUAGACCCCACAACUAAACACAAUUUCUUUUCGUUCUUUGGGAGUUUUUAAGAACCAUGGGGAAAAAAGGCAAGAAAGGAAAGAAAGCUCCAGAGGUGACUCCACAAGAAGGUCUUCUUGCUUACCAAAUCAAUGUGGUAGAGAAGAAGCUGGAAGAUGUUGGGUAUGAGAUCCGUGGAUGGGUAGAGAAAAACAAGCGUCAUCUGGAACGGAAUGAGAACCUUAAGGCUGAACAAAAGCUGCUUUGGCAGGAUCUACUAGAAAAUGCACGAGCUGUUGCUAGGGUGUUUGAGAAUGAGGAGAUCGUAACAUAUAAAGAGGUCGUUGAUGCCAUGAAGGAAAAAUGGUCAAGACAAAGACAGCGGGAAAAGGAAAUUCAAGAUCUUAAAAGUCAGAUUGCACGGAAAAUGGUGGAGAUUGAAGAAAUGCAACAGGAAGUGAACGUUUGGUUAGCUUACCGUGAUGCUGGGAGACAUGUUCAUGAUACUGAGAUUCGUAUUUUGGAGCAAGAGCUAAGAGACUUGCAAACUUCUUAUGAAGAUAUGUCCACCACCUUGGAGAAAAGCUUCCUUGCUUCAAAAACUGAAGUUGAGAAAUACACAGAUCAGACUUUAGCUUUGCAAAAGGAUAAAGCAUCAGAUAAAGCUAUGUCAUGCCUGGACAAAAAAGACCGACAGGAAGUGCUUGACAAUGACUGGCUGAAGAAAGAGGUGCAGAUCCACCGCUUUGAGACAGCCAAGGUACGAGAGAGGGUGGAAGAUCUAGAGCGCACUAAUCUAGAAAUGAUGAGCGACCUUUUUGACUGCACAGUGGAGGACCUCAAAAUUUCUAGGAAUUUCUUCCUUACACAAUGUGAGAAUGCAGAAAACUUGGAAAGUGCAGGUCUUUUGGAGAUGGAUCUGUGUCGCCUUUUGCCACCUGAUCCAGACCAUGACUUUGUGAAAGGUCGACCACCAAGUGCCACCUUGAAGGCUGUGCAGGAUAAACUCUUGUCAAUUACCAACCACCCUGAAGAACAGGCUGCAGAAUCAAAGAUGAGAGCGAAACUACUGAUGAGCCUAUCCCUUCUUUGAUGUUGGAAGAAGAAGAUUUUGAGGAUUAUCUUCACCUGGGACCUGUGGAGUUAAAACUUCUGAGCAUUGCUGGCACACAGGCUACGCUGCACAAGCCUGAGCCUUUGACAUCAACUCAACUGGCUGCUAAAGAUUACAACCCUGAUGUCUGGCCUGUUACACGACGAAUGCUGAAGAAGGCACUGUCACCCUGCCCCAAGUGAUAUUUAGUAGCUGUCGUACAACUUCAGUUAGCUGCAAAACAGUAUGGCUGAGUUGUUUUUAUUUUAAAUCCCUGGACUGUGAGUGAACAGUUUGGAGGCUUCUUGCUUUUGCAUCAAACUUUCUGUGUUCCAGAAGCAUGUGCACAAAGGAUGUACUGGGGUAUGUAGAGGCUGUGACUUUUGAUUCCUAAUUUGCACACCAGUAACAAAUAAUAAUUAUAUUUACAAUUUGUAAUCCAUGCAUAAUACGUAACUAGUACAAUUACUUUGUGGAAAGCGUGUAUAUAAUAUAUAUAAAGUAUUUUAUAUUUAAUAAAGAUAUUAAGCUCUGUCUCAGACAAUUUAGAAGGGUAAAGACUAAAUUUCACACUGUUAAAGCACUAUCAUAAUAUAAAAACUCUAAUUUCCUGUUAAAGCACUGUCAUGAGAAAGCAAGGAGUGACAUGGAGCUAGCCUGGACGCUAGAAGACAGUGCUGGGUGGUGAAAGAGGAAAGAAUGUGAAGCUUAUGUGUAUGUGAAAGGACAUUUAUCUCUCUUUUUUUGGUAAAAAAUCAGCCAGCCUUUGCCUUAUCGCUAACGUUUUCUUUGAGGUGCAAGAAAUAGACCUUUAUCCUUUUUUCUGCAGUAUUUUAAAUAUAGAUUACUUUAGUCUUCAGUUUUAAGAUUGUUUAAAAUAUGGUGCUAAUGCAUGCCUUUCCAUUUUCACAUCAUAAUUUUCCAUGCUAGCAAUUUUGGGAAAGUGACGUUUAGUUAAUGCUGAUGCUUAAGGGUCCACACAUCUUUUUGAAACCACAGACUUACCUCCGCAAAUAUGUCAAAUGAACACAUUUGGUAUUUGGUAUAAAUAUUUUGACUUGUGAUCAGGAUUUUAUACCUUUCUCCAUGGUGAUGUUUGUAGACCCAUAUCUCAGGAAGAAGUAAGUGGAGAAAGUGGUUCACUCAAUAAUAAGAUUACAUUGUACAGAGCUCAUUCCAGUCAUUUGAAAAAUGUUUUGCGCUAUAGUAGAUCUUUAAAUCUGCUGUUGACUGCUACUAUGCAGCUUGAUGUUUGCAGAUGAAGUGUUUGUCCAAAAAUACCCACAAAUAUUUUUAUUUUGUUCAUCACUUGUCAGAUGAUGUCUGCAUUAAAAAAGAUUCAUUUGCUUUUGAA